UACGUUUAUGAUUGUCAGAAACGUACAUGAACACACACACAAAAUAAAUAAAUAAAUAAAAGGAAAAUUUCUGUAUGUGCGUAUGUGUGUGUACGUUAAAACACACACAUACAUACAUACAUAAACACGUACAUGAAAAUAACCUCCACGUGUCUUUCUCUGUGUAGGUUUUUUUAUAAAGGAAAGUGAAAGAAACGCACAUAAGCCGAUACGCACACACAUACACACACACACAGAGGAAGAUUUAUAUAAGUGUGUGUGUGUUUAAGUGAAAGAAGGAAGGAAGGAAGGAAGGAAGGAAGAGAAAAUAAAGGAGAACGAAAAGAGGAAAUAGAGAAAAAACCGAAAAUCGUAAAUAAUAAAAAAAGUGACAGAAAGAAGGAAGGAAGGAAGGAAAGAAAGAAAGAAAAGAAAAGAAAGAAAGAAAAGGAGAUAAAGAAGGAGAGAAAGAUAAAGAGAGAAAAGAAAAAAACAAAAAAGUGAUAUUAACAUGUAAGAGUGGAGACUGAGGAAGAGGAAGAGGAGGAGGAGGAGGAAGAAGAAGAAAAGGAGGAGGAGGAGGAGGAGGAGGAAUGGUGACAGCGAUGGAUACCUUACAUCUCUUCGCUGCCCCCCACCCCCCUCACCCCCACCACCCCUUCCACCCCCACCAUGACCUAAGGUGAUCAUUAGCGCUUGAUUGACGUUACCUGACUAUGACGAGCAGAUGAUGAGGUGAGAAGGCGAGGAAGAGAGAGAGAGCGAGAACCAUCCACCAUGUCGCGGGAGGAACAGUCGCGGGAGCGGGAGAGGGAGCGGCAGCGGAAGCAGCGGGAGUUCCAGGUGUCGUCCAGCCUGAACGAGAGGGAGCCGCAGCCCGUGGUGUUCGGGGUGUUCAAGACCAAGAAGGUGGAGAGCUCCAUGGUGGAGAGGAUACUCGGGAAUUACGACACCUUCCGCCUCGGCCAGCCCGCCACCGCGCGGCCCGGCCAGGACGCCGAGACCUCCGGCAGCGCCCCGCACCUCAAGCCGCCGCACCCCACCGCCGCGUCUCCGUCGUCCUCGUCGUCGUCUAAGUCCUCACAGCCGCCGCAGUCGUCCCCGAGCAACCCGCGGCAGCCCAAGACACAGCCGGGGUGCAUCAAGCCGCCGCACCCGCCGUCAACACACGCCCACACCAAGAACGGCGAGGUGAAGGGGAACCUGAAGGGCGGGCCGGGGCCGGGGCCGGGCGACGGGGGGCCAGGGGGCGGGGGCAGGAAGGCAGCAGUCAACAAGGCCGGCCUGGCGCCCCUGAAGGUGGACGGGGCGGUGCCGACCGACCCCAAGAUCCAGCAGAUCAUGUCGGAGAUGGCGCCCCGUGACCCCGUGUCUGCCAUCGUCCACACGCCCCGCCACGACCACCCUCACCGCCCCGCCUUCCCCUUCGGCACUGCCUCCAGGGUCCUGCCGCGCCUGGGCAAAGCUUCUGAGUCAGCACGCUCCAAGCAGUCACAAGCCCUGGACAGCGGCAACCACAUUAAUGAUGAGUUGGUGCUCUCGGAGGACAGCGACGAGGAGGAACAGGGUAACGGCACUGUUGGGGGCGGCUCUGGGCGGCCUCUAGCACCGGGGGCCACGUUCGGCACUCCCACAGGCCACCACCAGUCCUCAAUGGGCCCGGCGUCCAACUCUCGGGUGCCCGUGUCCCCCAUCUCCUCACCCAAGUCAUCGGAUGAUUCCUCGACGACGGAGGACUCCAGCGAUGAUUCGGAGGGGAGGUCAUCCAACAACUCGACGGAAGAGGAGCCGGUGGAGUGUUCGCCCAAGCACCCUGAGAACAAAUCUGAUGCCUGGAGGCUCGACAACUUCAUGACCCGGAAGACAAGCUCUCCCAUGUUCAACAGGGCUGAGGGUGCCGGGCAGCCGCGCACCGAGGACCAGCCGCCGCCGGAGGCCAAGGAGACACUGCCACCGCCACCACGAGAACGCAACGACCGCAAGGUUGUCAAGAACUCGUCGGCCAAUGGUGGCCACCAUGGCGGGCGGGGCGGCCAGGAGGGACGGGGCUGGGCCAAGCCAGACAAAGCCGGCCUGUACGAGGACUCCUCCGACGAGGGGGAGCCCCACCCCCGGCCCACCCCGCGGGUCUCGGCUGAGGUGCGGCAGACGCCCAAGCACGGCCGUGACCAGGCCGGGCGUGGCAUGCGGCCACCCAAGACCAAGCCCUCGGUGAGCCAGACCUACCUGGACAGUGACUCAGACAGUGACUCCCCGCCGCCCAGGAAGGCCCUGCCGCCGCCCAAGGCUGCCGUGCAGGACACGGACAAGUCCCCCAAGGUGAGCGCUGCCCCGCCGCCCCGUGAGGCCCCCAAGAAGAACCCCCGUAAGCGCUCAGACUCCCGCAAGAGCAGCCACUCUGGGGCCAAGACUGAGGGUGGCCGAGGCCGGCCGCGGCGGCCCAAGGGGUUCCAGUCCCAGGCGACCGUGUCCGACUCCGACAGCGAUCACUCAGUGGACAUGGCUGCCGCCCCAGACAAGGAUGUGGGGCGGGGCACCCCCUCCCGGUCUGCCCGGGAGACCCCACGCAGCAUGGCCAGCCCCCUCAAGGCCCCCUCGGCCAGCCCCCGUGCCUCGCCGCGGCUGCCGGCCCCACCCGGCAAGGCCAAGCGGCCCGGGGCCCCUGGACUCAGUGCAUCAUUGGGUUCGGACUCCCCGGCCAGCAAGAGCGAGGACGAGGCGGACUCCUCAGGGCCAGUGGCUGCCCACCGGGGCAAGGGUGGUCGGGACGGCAGCAGCAAGGGCGCGCUGGUGAGCCGGGCGUUCGGCGCUGCGGCCAAGAAGGACCGGGCCAGCCGGGACCGCGAGGUGUGUGACCCCAAGAAGAAGGGUAAGAGUGAAGUGAGGCCGCUGAGUGCGGAGAGCAGGAGGGACAGGAGUGACAAGGGCGUGCGGGGUCGGGCGGCGGCCGAGGCCAGCGUGGCGGCGGCCCCAGCCCCGGCCCCCUCCCCAGCGGCGCGGGCGUGCAAGUCCCCCGUAGUUAGUGCAGAGCCAAAAGUGCCCAUCCCCCAGGUACAGUUUGUGGACGGUGUGGCGCGCCUCACCUGUACAAUUCCCCUCAGCUUUAUUGACAAAGUGCCCAAGCCUAGUGUUAGCGGUGCGCCGCCCCCCGGCCCCGGCCCUGGCCUCGGUGCCAAGCGGGCGGCCAAGGAGGAGGACGACGAUGAGGACGAGGAGGAGGAGGAGGAGAGGAAGGCCGUCCUUGACAACAGGACUAAAGAAGGCAAGGGCAAGGGCAAGGGCAAGCGGAAAGCCUGUGAGCCGGGAACCAAGGCCACGGAGGAUGAGUCGAAGCGGAAAAUUAUUUCGUCCAUAUUCGGUAACGUUAAGAGGCAGGACCACGAGAGUGACGACGACAAGGUGAAGCGCGAGGUGAAGAAGGAGGAGGAGGAGGAGGAGAGCGAGGAGGAGCGGGGCGGGAGACUACCCUCCUCGCGGCCCCUCAAGGUGAAGCGCGAGGUGAAGAAGGAGGAGGAGGAGGAGGAGAGCGAGGAGGAGCGGGGCGGAAGGUCCUCCUCACGGCCCGUCAAGGUGAAGCGUGAGGUGAAGAAGGAGGUGGAGGAGGAGAGUGAGGAGGAGCGGGGCGGAAGGUCCUCCUCGCGGCCCGUCAAGGUGAAGAGGGAGAUCAAGAAGGAGGAGGAGGAGGAGGACAGCGACGAUGAGCGGGGCGGAAGGCUGUCCUCCACGCGGCCACCAGUCUCCGUCAAGCAGGAGCCGGGGGAGGCCACACCCGCGAGGCAGCCCGUCCUGGCCAGCCCGCGUUCCCCCGUCUCAGACACCUCCAUCUCUCGGCAGCACCGCAAGAAGAAGCAGGAGAGAUCGCCCCCCACCGGGAUCAGGAAAAGGCCAAAGAAGGGCAGCGAACGGCACACGCAGGAGUCUCUGGGCCUUCCUGGGGGCGGCAGCAGCAACGAGGGGCGAGGACGCAGGGACGGCAGCGUGGAGAGUGAGAAGUGGUCCAGGAAGCGAGGCCACGACCGGGACAGCAGCCUGGAGAGCACGCGCAGCACCUCCCGGGCCAACAGCGAGUGCGGGGAGAACCGAAGCAAGAAGCAGCGGGUGAGCAAGAGUCUGGGCACCCCCGACGCAGCCGCCAGCAGCCCCGCCAGCUCCCGGGCCGCCAGCCAGCGCUCGGCGGAUGACAACCACCACGCUUGGCCCCAGGAGAAGGACGACCCCAGCCAGCUCAAGCACCCCCAGAGACCCCAGCAUUCUCAGCAAUCUAGUCAGGACAAGGCGGAGGAGAGCGGCCACACCCCAAGCGGCGACAGCAGCGGCUAUGUGUCCCGGCCGGUGUCGGAGCACGAGUCCCGGGCGAGUUACCGAUCCUCCGGGGAACAGUCCGUCAAGAGCGCCGACUCGGGGGUGGCGGAGGCGUCUGGGGCGGGGCAGGCCGAGAACGGGUGCUCGCUGGCGGCCCCGCACGGACGGCUGCCGGGACCCAGCACCACGCCCAACACCACCGCCAGUGCCACCCUCCCUCCCUCCAGGCCUGCCGGGGACCAGGCACUAUUGCAUGGGCACUAUGCAAACCAGCAGGAACGACAGUAUGCAUCCUAUUUCGAAAGGAGAAUACCAGAGAUUAACAGAGACUACAAUGGGUAUCUGAACAUGGCCAAGCAGUUGAAACACAUCGCUGACGAGGAGACGGACCGCUCGAUGCAGGCCAUGAAGUACCUGGAGGCAGCGCUGUACUUCAUCCUCAGCGGCAAGGCCAUGGAGACCGAUCACGACACCUCCGCCUCACUCACCAUGUACAAAGACACACUCAAUUUUAUCAAGUGGGUUUCCUCUGUCUUCAGGAGAGAGAACCAAGAAGGGUCCAUCAACGCUAAGCUGGCCGUCAUAAGUUUGCGGUGCCAGAGUCUGCUGUCGCUCAAGAUCUACCAGAUGCGGCGGUUUGAGCACAAAGACAACCAGAGACAGCUCAACAGGUACUUCCAGAACCACAGCAAGACCGCAAACCUGGAAACCGGCAGCAGCAACGGGCAGCAGUGGGGGGGCCAGCGGGGCGGCGGCUCCCCCUCGCACCCCUCCCAGACCCCCUCCCCGGCCGGGUCCGUGGGGUCUGAGGGGUCGCAGUCCUCAGGCUACACCACCAGUACGGAGGGCACGCGCUCCAAGGGCGGCAGCGCGGCGCCCCCAGUGGGCCACACGCCGCCCCACCCCCAGCCUCCCCAGGGGGCGCACGGGGCGGUGUCGGUGCCAGUCAACAUCCACACCCUCAUCAUGAAGCAGAACUACCUGUCCAGCCAGCUGGCCUCCGCCCUGGACAUGUGGAUGGAGGCUGACGAGUACGUGGCCAAGAACAACAUCAAAGACUUCUUUGAUGAGCUGGACCACCAGGCGAGCCCCCUCACGCUGCACUCCUCGCUGCCGGAGCUGGUGAUGUACGUGCAGUGUGGCCUGCACCGCAUCAGGGCCUAGCUCUUGCCCCCGCCCCGGGAGCUGCCCCCCCUCCCCCGCACAGGGGGGCGCCCCGGGUGCCGGGGUGCGCGUCCCACGCCGCGCCCAUGCCUUGUUAGUGGCAGUGAGGGCCCGGGGCGGCCGAGUGGCGGCCCACUACUGGAUCCAGAUACUCAAGGAAACUCUCAUUAGUUACAGUAGUGUAGUGCAAUCAGACGGUGUCAAGUUAUCGUGGGUCGUCUUGGGCGGCGGCGGCCGGGAGCGUCGCCGCCCCGCCCUGGUGAGUGUUGCGUCGCCGUGGUGCGCGGCCCAAGACCCCAACGUUUGGCUUCCUUGUGUGACAACUGUGAUGCCUUAUCAUUAAAUUUAGUUAUGAAUGGUUUUAUACAGAUAGUCAACAUUUUUUUAUUUUUCUUUUGUUAUACUUCCCACCCAAAAUGUACAAAUUUGCUGAGAGGUCCAUAAAUGUGAAGACAUUGCCUUGUGUGCUCACGUGAAGAGCGGCCCCGGGCGGGGCAGGCAUGGGCUGCCCCGCCCCAUGCAGCCCGGGGCAGGGCCAGGGCCAGGAGGCUCCGCUGCUGGCCGCAGGACAGGGCCAGGAUGCCUUGGCCGGCCUCACAGCCAGGCCGCCGCCGCCGCCGGCCCAGACGCUCGUCAGCACGGAGAAGGUCCUCGCCAGAUAUCUCAGCCGGGGCGUCGAGGCGCUGAGGCGGCCGUGUUGGCCUAGCUCAGGAACAGCACCUUGGCAACACCGGCGUCGCCACAGGGGCCGGCGAGGCGCGGCGCUCCUGCCUGGCCUGGCGACCUUUUUGGCAACUCUUUGUGGCAUGUACUGAGCACACACUCCCUGCCAGAUGUAUAUUUUUGUACAUAUUGAAAUUUGAUAAUGGUACUGACCAUAAUGGUGUUGCGACAGAGUACUUUGUACUGGGCUUUAAUUCCCCCGAAAACCUUAAACUUUUGUAAGCAGCAAAAGUUGAUAAUUUGAAUGGCAAUGUUUCAUUUAUUUUGUCCGGUCGGGCAAUAUUGUUAAGUAUACUUAAUUUUAUCGACGCUCAUGUGCUCGUUAUAGACGAUAUAAAGUUGAUAUUUGUACUUGUAGUCCCAAUCUACGACGAACCAGGAACGCACUAAAUUAUUUUGUCACAAACGAUGGGACGUGCUCCCAUCCGCCGCGGAAGGCCGCCGUUCUGCUCUGUUUCCCGUGGUCGUCUCCGACGCGCCAGGCCCGGUGCCGCUGGACCCCGGCCCGGCCCGGCCCCCGUCCUGGCAGCUGGUUCGCUACAAGUACGUCGGCGGUGCUGCCGCCGCUGGUCUCUGUGAUGACCGCAGCAACACAACACAUGUCCUGUCUUCUGCCUUGUCACUUCCUCAUCCAUAUCACGAGAGUAUUGUUCAUUUGUUGUAUAGUGUUUCAUCUCAUCACAUCCACACGGUGAGCUUCUUCCUCCUCGCUGUGGCUCGGGGCGCCGGCCAUCAUUGGUGUUUUCUCCUUCCUUUCCCGAGGCGGCCCCGCCCCGCACCCCCCGCUGCCCGGUGAGGGUGGCAGGGUGGGGGUGGGGCAGGGCCUCGCCGGGGAUGCAAGCUGCCGCUGCUCCUGUCCUGUCAGUGUCCUGUCUUCCCAGCUGCCGCCGCCUGUGUUGUGUUGUGUUCCUUCCUCCUCUGUUGUCAUUGGCAAAGCCAAAGCUGGUUUAUAUUAUCUAAAGUCUGUUAGUUCACUGGUUCUUCUCCUCCUCUAAAGUUGGACCUUUGAGUUCAGUAUUGUUUGUAAAUUUAUUUAUUUAUUUAAAGUGUUAGCAUUCAAUAUUUUAUUUAAUGUACUGAAAUGUUGGUGCAGGUAGAAAUUGUGUCCUUGGUGAAACAGGGUACUGCCGGGUGGCCGGGCCCAGCGCGGCCUGGCGGGGGGUGGUGGUGGUGGUGGUGGGGCAUGUUGGGGCCAGGGGGGUGGCGGUGGUGGUGGGGGUUUAGACAAUACGUAUAUGCACAAAGUUAUGCACACUGAAACACCAAGAUUUGUGUCAGCACAUGAGAAUCACUCCGCCGCAAACACACACACGCACACACACGCACACACACAUGCUCUAGCCGAAACACUCAAAUACUCGUACAUAUAGGAAUACAUACACCUUCAUAGCAACACACACACACACACACACACACACACACACACACACACACACACACACACACACACACACACACACACACACACACACACCGCCACCUCCCGACAUCACGAUUGAAAUUUCUGUAACGUGUCCUCUACCAUUGAGUUGGUAAUGCAGUUAUUCUUUUUGUUAUUGUUGGACGCCGAGCUGCUGCGUCCGCCGCGUAAAUUUGUUGUGUUGAAGUGCGGAUGUCCCUAAAACUUGGGUAGUAGUUGUUGAAGGUUGUAAGGGGGAAUGUGAGGCGGGAAUACUAGUUGAAAAAGUACUAUAAAAUGCGUUAAUAACAAGUUUAUGAAAUGAUAUUGUGGAUUUUCUCUUGCUUCCUCCUCCUCCUCCUCCUCUUCCUUGUCCUUGUCAUGUUCUGAAAUCUCUCUUUCUCUCUCAUAAGACCAGCUAUAGAGUUAAACAUGUAUAACUCGUAGUAGCGAUAAACCCAAGAAUGUAUCGGAAUGUAUCAUACUGACGACGAAACCGAAGACUUUUUUUUAUUUUAUUUUUAUUUUUUUUAUUUUUACGUAGCGAAAACACACUCACCAGGAAUACAAAAGCGUUCGACAGGAAACCGGAACCGAAUGACACUCCACUCGACAAACGCCACCCCAGCCACACCCCAGUACCUCCAGGGGGGGGUUGACGAUUAGGGGGGGAUGCGCCUCUCACCCCUCGUCGCCCCCCUUCUCACCCUCAAAACAUAUCCUUCAGCCAGCGUCGCCAGCCCAGCACCAUGUUCCUCGCCCGGCCUGUCACCCCAGUCCUCCCUCCCUCGCAUAGGCUCGCGGUGACCUUGUCCUGCGAGUCGCCUCCUCUCCUACAGCUGUGGUGCCGGUGUCAGGGGGUUGGGGUGUUGCGCCCUACACUGUAACGCCGCCAUGGGCCAUACCGACAUCUGUGGUGGUGUGGUGGUGUGUGUGGGUGGUUGCCAUAUGCCUCCUCGCCACCUCCACCACCACUCCAAUUUGGCAGUGGUGGUGGUGGUGUUUGGGUGGUAGCUACAUGCCUCCAUCACCACCACCACUGUCUGUUGGUAGUGGUGGUGGUGGUGGUGUUUGGGUAAUAGCUGCAUGCCUCACUACCACCAUCACCACCACCACUGUCUGUUGGUAGUGGUGGUGGUGGUGGUUGCUGUGUGAGUGAUAACUACAUGCUGCACCACCAUCUCCACCACCACCACCACUGUCCAGGGCUGUAGUGGUGUCCGUGGUGGGUGCCGUGCCCCCGCCCCCCCUGCUGCCGCACCUCCACCACCACCUCCAUCAGAAAGUGUCCUUCCUAUACUCCAAACUCGUACUUUAUUUAUGAUGACCUAAGUAGUGUAUCAUUUCUGUGUUGGGCACCUUUUGUUGAGGGACCCAAAAGCUGUACAAAAGGACAGUCUUAUUUCAAAUCUAUGCCAAGAUUGUAUCUACAAUAAGUAAAUGAAUAAUAACACAUGCACAGUUUGCUGUUUUACAGAUAUAUCAUGUAAAUAAUAAAGUAUUUCUUAUGUU